UGUUUUGGCUGCAUUUACAGGACAAUUUGCGAAAGCUCUUACAUAUCAAACGGUCAUCCGCUGUCACCUUUUGUUUGACAGUCAACUGUGUAUUUUGAUAGAAUUCAGAUCAGCUUUGGCUGCUUUGUCAUCCACGUCAGUUCUACAGGAGCCAUAGAACAGAUAACGACAUAUCUUGCAAUUUAUCGAAUAACUCUGGUCACCACGGCUGUGGUGUUUCCCGUGAUAGCGACCAGUUUGCCGAGAUAUGGUCUCCUUAUCGCAGCUCCAAUUGCUCAGUAGGGCAUUAUCGCAAUUAUCGGUUCAAUGGAGUGCAAAGCUUCCCAGUCGCGGUGUCCAUUGUCUCAGUACACUUUGCAACAAACAGUCGCCUGGGUGCGAUAUGAAAGACACCACGGUCACGCUGACCCGACUACGGGAGCUGCUGAAGAAACCACCAGGAUACGACCUCAGCCUAUCCGCCUACAUUAUUCCGUCCGAUGAUGCUCACCAGAGCGAAUAUAUUUCUGCGCAUGAUGAACGUCGCGCUUUUAUAUCAGGAUUUGAUGGAUCAGCUGGAACUGCUCUAGUUACAACAGACAAUGCCCUUUUGUGGACAGAUGGGCGGUAUUAUCAACAAGCACAAAAGCAAUUGGAUAAAAACUGGACUCUUAUGAAAGAUGGCCUACCUGACACUCCAACAAUUGGAAACUGGCUGAUCAAAAAUUUGCCUCCAGGUAGUCGUAUUGGAUUUGAUCCCCGUUUAAUUUCACAUCGUGUUUGGAAACCGACGCAUAAAAGUUUGACGGGACAUGACUGCGAGUUCGUUCCAAUCGACACCGACUUAGUUGACUUAGUUUGGGACAACCAACCCCGCGCACCAGUCAAACCAGUUAUAACCCUACCUACUUCUAUCACUGGCAAAACCAUAAAAGAUAAAGUCACCGAAAUUCGAAAGGAGAUGGCUGAAAAGGAAACUGAGGCCUUGGUCGUUAGUGCCUUAGAUGAAGUUGCUUGGCUCAUGAAUGCACGCGGAUCUGACAUUGAUUACAACCCCGUAUUCUUGGCAUAUCUAAUUAUAACCAAGAAUGAAAUCUAUCUCUUCAUUGACCAAGAGAAACUGCCAUCAAACUUCAACGACCACUUAGAGGCAAAUGAAGUUAAAGUCAAUAUUGCUGGUUAUAACGAGAUAUCAACGGUGCUUAAAAAAAUUGUAUUGGAGGGUAAAGAACGAAUUUGGAUUGCUCCUACGUCAAGUUACUAUCUUACGUCGAUGGUUCCCAAACGGAAAAUUCACCUAGAAAUUACUCCAAUCGCGGUCAUGAAGGCAUUAAAGAACGCUAUCGAAGCAGAAGGAAUGGUAAACUCACACAUUCGUGAUGGUGUGGCUUUAUGCAAAUAUUUUGCUUGGUUGGAGAAAGCUUUAAACGAUGGGGAGGAAGUUGACGAAAUUUCAGGAGCUACGAAACUGGAAAUGUUUCGAUCCCAGCAAGAACAUUACAUGGGUUUGAGCUUUACCACAAUCAGUGCAUCGGGACCAAAUGGAUCAGUUAUUCAUUAUCAUCCUAUGCCAGAGACAAACAGGAAAAUCACUCGUAACGAGGUCUAUUUGUGCGAUUCUGGCGGCCAGUACAAAGAUGGAACAACUGAUGUUACCAGGACCAUUCACUUUGGCGAACCAACUGAGUUUCAGAAAAUAUCUUAUACACGCGUGCUGAUGGGACAAUUGACUCUGGGAGCAACCAUUUUUCCAAAGAAGGUCAAAGGUCAAGUAUUGGACACUCUAGCAAGAAAAGCUUUAUGGGAUUAUGGACUCGACUAUGGACACGGAACUGGCCAUGGAAUUGGACAUUUCCUUAAUGUCCACGAAGGUCCGAUGGGCAUCGGAAUCAGACCUUAUCCCGAUGACCCUGGUUUACAAGAGAACAUGUUCAUUUCCAAUGAACCGGGAUACUACCAAGUUGGCGAAUUCGGAAUACGUAUUGAAGACAUUGUACAAGUAGUUCCUGCUGAGACAGCAUCGCACGAUUUCUCGGGCCGUGGAGCACUUACUUUCAAAACAAUUACGAUGUGCCCGAAACAAACGAAAAUGGUAAAGAAAGAGCUUAUGAGUGCAGAACAGGUUAAGCUGCUAAAUGAUUAUAAUGAGCUUGUUUGGGAAACUCUGAGUCCUAUUCUAAAGAAGGAAAACGACACCCUCACUUUACAGUGGCUCGAACGUGAAUGCAAGGCUAUCUAAAUCGAAGACUACUUCUGAAAAAUCGUGUCAUUAGGAAGAAAUAUUAAGUCUGUUGAUAUUUUUUAUAAAUACACUUUGUUUAUUUUGCAACUCAA